GCGAGAGCAGCGGCAGGCGGGCGGGCGGGCCAUGGAGCCGGGCCGGCGCGGCCAUGGAGCCGGGCCUGGAGGAGCUGAUGCCGCGGCUGCUGCCCGUGGACGACUGUGACCUGGCCGAGGACUUCGAUCCCACCGUGCCUCCCAGGACGCCGCAGGAGUAUCUGAGGCGCGUCCAGAUUGAAGCAGCUCGAUGUCCUGACGUGGUCGUGGCACAAAUAGAUCCCAGAAAAUUGAAGAAGAAGCCGACAGUAAACAUUUCAAUUUCUGGAUGUCAGCCUGCUCCUGAAGGAUACUCUCCGACGCUCAAGUGGCAGCAGCAGCAAGUGGCCAAUUUCUCAGCUGUUCGUCAGAGCCUGAACAAGCACAGGAAUCACUGGCGGUCACAACAUUUGGACAGCAAUGUUACUAUGCCAAAAUCAGAGGAUGAAGAAGGAUGGAAGAAGUUCUGCCUUGGGGAAAGAGUAUACUCAGAAAUGGAUGCACUAUCUGAUAAUGAAGAUUUCGGAAUUGAUUACUUGAAGGUGGGCUUUCCCCCUUUGCUAAGUAUUGUAAGCAGGAUGAAUCAGGCAACAGUAACCAGUGUCUUAGAAUACCUGAUAAGCUGGUUUGGAGAGAAAAAAUUUACUCCAGAACUGGGUAGAUGGCUUUAUGCACUUUUGGCAUGCCUUGAAAAACCUUUGCUACCUGAAGCUCACUCCCUUAUUCGACAGCUGGCAAGACGAUGUUCAGAAGUCAGGGCACUGGAGGAGAACAAGAAUGAAGAACAAAUAUCAGCUCUGAACUUGAUAAUCUGCUUAGUUAGUAGGUACUUUGAUCAACGUGACCUGGCUGACGAGCCUUCCUAGGCUGUUUUGAGAACAUCCAGUAUUUUGCAUUGCCACAGUACAAACAGCAUUAUCAGAGUUAACAGCAAGACACUGCACUGUUCAGACCUGAAGACUACACAAUCCCUUCAGAACACCCUCACACAAAUGCAUUUGGGACAGCUGUGAAUAACUUCAGCUGAGUUGUCAGUGUCUCCAAUACCAUCAUCACCAUCAUUGUAAAGUGGUAACUGAAGUGUCCAGCAUCACCUCUCAAGCUCCUGUCUUUGUAAACUACUCCUUGGUUAGAAAUUUCUACAAUCUGAGUAAUCUAUGGACACUGCUAUGAGGUGAAGUCUGAGGUUACACUGCAAAUUAUUAUUCUUUUUCUAACAGACUUACUGAGGUAUUUUUUAAUAAAACUAAAGGAUUUUAAAAGAC